GAAUAUGAUUACAAUUUGCAAUGAUGUGUGUGCAAUAUGACAUCACCCAUGAUUGACUUUCCAAGUUGACUCACGUUACUUUCAUUUGGCUGUCAUUGGUUUGAAUAUGUAUUGAAAGGAAGUUCUACCAGGACGCGAUGGCUGUUUCUCUGAAAGUUGAAGAAGGCGGCAGUAGCGAAGUCAAGGGAGCAAGUAGAAUGGAGAGAUAUUAUAGACCAUUGCUGAUAUUAAUUGGUAUACUAUUUAUGGUUACUCUGCUAUCAUGCUUGAUCUGUAUUAUUUAUCAAUUCUAUAACCCAGUGCCAUCGAAGGCAGUCUUCACAAAAGAUGACGAGGAUGACAUCAGGAUCAAACUCUACAAAAUUCAAAGUGAUUAUUACAUGAAUGCAAUUGACAGAUCUGAAGCCAAAUUCAAUACAAUACACGACAAUUUCAACAGUUUCCUGAAACAGGUGUCGAAUAGAAAGCCGGAGUGUACAAGACUUCUUGUCAAGCGACAUUCUCCGCGAAGAGAAAUCGAGGAGUUUGAAAGGAUGACAAAAAACAACUUGUACCAUUUCAAGCAGACACUCAACGGAUGGAUAGCAAACUUCAAUUACAUCGAUUUGGACGGUUCUUUGGAUAAAUUGAUCAACGAUCAUGAACAUAUUUACUUCCAUGAGGGAGAGCGGAGCGAAAAGGAUAACAGAAAUUUCAAGCGUUUCAGAGACUUCUACGACGGUCGAAUCCAAAUGCUUGAAGAUUGUGUUUUAUCCAUUUCAUUAAAGGAUAACGCUCGUCGCCAGCAUCUGGAGUUGCGACAGAAAAUCAAUCUGCAUGAAAAAGAAAUUGAAUCUCAGUUUGAGAAAUUUGAAUUGUUGAAUGAGGAAGUCAUCAAGAGUAUAAAUCAGCUAAGUUUGGAUAAGAUUUAUUGCCUUCGCAAGUUUCCCUUCUUUUGGCAGAGUAUCCAAAGAGAGAUCGCUUUGGCAGAGCAAUUACUUGAUGUGCUUAAAUUCAAACUGAAGAAAUUGAGGUAUAAAUUACUGAUGUCUGAGGGCUCAGUAGAAAAAAUCGAGGAACUGGUUGAUCAUGAAAAAUUGUUUUCUGACAAAUUUGAUGAAAUGUUGAAUAAUGAAAUUGAGAUACACUACAAAACUGCGAAGAGCAUCUGCGAAGAGGCAAUGAAAGAUUUUGAGACUUGCUCAUUCCUCAGCCAUCAAUAGAAUUUCCUUACAAGUUACAAUGGAAGUAAUUACAGAACUCCAGGUUAUUAUAGUUCAAAAUAAUAAUUUAAUAAAAUAUUACUAAUAGUGAUUAUCCAAAUCAUCA